AUGUCUCAACAGAAGGCUCUGCUACUGGAGAAAGCCAAAGGUGCAUUUGUGGUGUCCACUGUGCCUAUCUCGAAGCCUGGUCCUGGCCAGAUCUCUAUCAAAGUCAUCGCUGCUGCUUUAAACCCAGUCGAUUGGAAGAUUCAGGCAUGGGACUUUUUCAUGAAAAAAUAUCCAGCCAUUCUUGGUACAGACAUUGCAGGUGAUGUAGAAGAAAUCGGUGAAGGUGUCGAAGGCUUCUCUAAAGGCGACAAAGUAUUCUGCCAGGGCUUUUUUGUGAAUGAGAUGGCCGGAUUUCAGCAAUAUACUUCAAUUCCUGCAGACAUCGUUGGAAAGAUUCCUUCCAACAUCGACUAUGCACAAGCUGCCACCAUUCCUCUAGGAUUCUCCACUGCCGCAAUUGGUCUCUUGCGUGCACAACCUGAAGGAGGAGGUCUGAACCCCACCUUUGAUCCUAAAGUCAACUUUUCUGGAGAACCUGCGAUUGUCGUUGGUGGAAGCACGUCAGUUGGUCAAUAUGCUAUUCAGUUGCUGAAUCUGCUGGGCUACAGCACCAUCAUCGCAUAUGCCUCUGCUCGUCACACCGAGUACCUGAAAUCGAUCGGUGCAACGCAUGUCAUUGACCGUGGAGAGAUACCUAUUGGUCGUUUGGCUGAGGCCGCGAAGAAGAUCGCAAAUGCACCGAUUAAGAUAGCCUACAAUGCAGUCGGCGAUAACGAUUCUCUCGCGGCUUGCAUCGCUGCUAUCGUCGAAGGUGGUCAAGUAGCCGAUGUGAACCCUCAGGCUAAAAAUGAAGACUCAGGAAAUGGGAAGAGAGUGUUCGCCAUCUUUGGGAGUUCGCACCAUCCCCCUCACAGAGACUUUGCUCGCAUCCAAUGGAAAACUCUUCCAAAUCUGGUUGCAGAAGGAAAGAUUGUGCCCAAUCGAGUCGAGAAGGUACCCAAUGGCCUUGCAGGAAUCGAUGAGGGUUUGCAGAAGCUGAAAGCUAACAAAGUCAGCGGUGUAAAAUUGGUUGCAUUUCCUCAGGAAACAGCGUAA